CCCAUCCCGUCUGCCUUUCAGCUGAUGAUGCAUGUGGCAGAAUAGGCUUGGAGAGCAUUGCUAUAGCAACCGCAAACAGAAAGGCACUUCAGAGCAAUCUCAAAGAGGAAAUGUGACCUGGGCCAUUACACAUCUACAAGCCCUACAAGACAACCGGAUCACUUCUAAAGGUGAGCAGCAGAGGGCCGGUGAAAGCGACGAGUAUGUCGUGGUUUAGCUGGAACGAGCCGUACUAUCGGAGCCCACGACGUGAGCCCUCUGAAGUGGUUACGGACACACUGAUGCUGGAGCUGAGCUGGCAGAUGAAGGAGGCCGAGAGGCUGCAGCGGGAGCGAGACAAUGAAUAUCGGCGGCUGAAGAGCGGCGUGGACUACAGCUGGCUCGUGAGCACCCCGCGCAGCUCAUUUGACAUCAGUCAAGGAGAGAGACUCGGUCUUGAGGACCUGUGUAGCAAAGUACCACCAUCAUACUGCGGAUCGGUAAUACAAAGGUUUCGGCAGGUGCUGAUGGAGAAUGAGCCUGAGCUGCAGGAGGUUUCUGGACUCUUCCGCUCUGUGCUUUUGGAAACACUUGAGCGUGUUCAUGAGGAGCAGGAGGCUCAGCGUCUGACCCACCAGUGGAACAACAGACGCUCCAUAAGCCUGUCGCUGAUGAGCUUCAAGUCUCGCGUGCGGAUCAACCCUUUCGGCAGCACCUUGGGACUGAAAUCAAACAGUUAUGGCUCGGAGGAAGAUGGAGAAGAUGUCAAGACUGUGUGUGGGGAUGUUGAGAAGGGCUUUGGUCAGACAACAGAGAAAGUGCAGCGUGUGUGGAGCAUGCCAGAGUUCCGACACAAGGGAAUCAAUGGCAAAGCUUGAGUGUCUGGGAGUGGGAUUCAGCAGGAUCUGGUCCAGACUGUCUGAUAUUCCCAGCAUCACCUUCACUUUCAGUGUAUUUAUAUUUCCAGAAGUGUGGAGGUAAGAGGUAUGUUGAUGUUGGGAAAUAAAACUCAAGUCUUAUAAGCAAAGCACCAUAAACCAAUAAAUCUGUUACAAGGACUAUAUCAAAAAGCCACACUUUUCAUUUUUGACUAAAUGUGCAUAUAUGCAGUAAAUUCCUAAAACAGGAAACCAUAUAUAUUCCUGAUCACUCACCAUCAGUUUCACAGUAUAUGACAAGUUAUUCUGAAAUAGUACAGCUGCCUAAUGUAUCUUGUGAACUUU